AACAACGGACAUAGAAAAAAAGGAUUUUAAAGCAUUUUUGGACAGUUAGCUGACUUAAACAUGGUGUUAAAAAGGAAAUGUAUUUGUUAUGAAGUGGUUUGAGUGCUUCAAGACAAGGACGAGGGAAUUUUUGUGGCCAGGAAAAGGACGGAUAAAUCCACUUCCGGUCGCCAUUUUGAAUCGUUGUUUUCGUCAGAAAUUGAGGACAAAUAUGCAUCAAAAACAUGAGCUGAAAUCCUCCUUUCCUCGAGCAAGAAUCUGUGACAAACUGGAGAAGCUUCAACGAGAGAUGACCACUAACUGAGCACACUUCAAAGCAGAACAUCCAGACAGACGUCCUGAGAUUCUCACUUCAGUACAAACAGCUGGGAAGGCGGCUCGCCCUCCGCUUCUGAUCCCUGUAAUGGAAUAUGGUGUAAUAAUCAUGAAGAGAGCCGGUGUCUGUUUUCAAACAAUUCACCAGACGAUCUUCAGUCCCUCUGCUUCAGGUACGACUAUGUGGAGGUUUAUAACGGCGGAGACGAGUCGUCGCCCAUGUUGGGGAAGUUUUGUGGGAAAAUCGCCCCUUCGCCCAUCAUCUCCACCGGUGGGCAGCUCCUCAUCAAGUUCGUCUCCGACUACGAGACUCACGGAGCCGGGUUCUCCGUUCGCUACGAGGUCUUCAAGACAGGUCCGGAAUGUUCCAGGAACUUCACGGCUCCCAGAGGGGUCAUCGAGACGCCGGGCUUUCCCGAGAAGUACCCCAACAACCUGGACUGCACCUUCAUGAUCUUCGCCCCCAAGAUGUCCGAGAUCGUGGUGGAGUUCGAGAGCUUCAGCAUGGAGCCCGACACGGCGCCGCCACCGGGUGCUGUCUGCCGAUACGACUGGCUGGAGAUCUGGGACGGCUUCCCUGCAGUGGGUCCUCACAUCGGCAGGUACUGCGGCCACACGUCUCCCGGCAGAGUCAUCUCCUACACGGGCGUCCUGUCCAUGACCAUCACCACCGACACCGCCAUCGCCAAGGAGGGCUUCUCAGCCAACUACACCAUCCGAGAGCGGAGCGUCCUCCCUGAAGACGAGGACUUCGCCUGCAUGGAACCCCUGGGCAUGGAGUCAGGGGAAAUCCCCUCGGACCAGAUCUCGGCCUCCUCCAAGUACAACUCGAACUGGUCCCCGGAGCGCUCGCGCCUCAACUACCAGGAGAACGGCUGGACGCCAUCGGACGACAGCGUCAGGGAGUGGAUACAGGUGGACCUGGGUUUUCUCAGGUUCAUCACGGCCAUCGGGACGCAAGGUGCAAUUUCAAGAGAGACUAAAAAGCAUUACUACGUCCGCUCCUACAAAGUGGACCUGAGCUCUAAUGGAGAGGACUGGGUCACGGUGAAGGAGGGCUCCAAGCAGAAGAUCUUUGAGGGGAACCAGAACCCAACAGACGAAGUCCGAGCCUUCCUCCCCAAACCGACUCUGACUCGCUACAUCCGGAUCCGUCCCAUGUCCUGGGAGCAAGGCAUCUGCAUGCGCUUUGAGGUCUACGGCUGCAGAAUAUCAGACUACCCGUGUUCUGUGAUGCUGGGGAUGGUGUCGGGACAGAUCUCGGACGCUCAGAUCAGCGCCUCGUCCUUCGCAGACCGAGGCUGGGUGGCUGAGAACGUGCGCUUGUUGACCGGGAGGUCGGGUUGGACCGGGCAGCAGACCAAGCAGCCUUUCAGGAACGAGUGGCUGCAGGUGGAUCUGGGUCAGGACAAGAUGGUGAGCGGUGUGGUGAUCCAGGGAGGAAAACAUCGAGACCGCAACGUCUUCAUGAAGAGGUUCAAGGUGGGCCACAGCCUGGACGGAGAGAACUGGACCGUCAUCAAGGAGGACAACACGACCAGACCGAAGGUAUUUAUGGGGAAUCAGAACCACGAAACCCCAGAGCUGAGAUCAGUCGGUCCACUUCUGACCCGGUUUGUCAGGAUUUACCCAGAGAGAGCGACCAACGAGGGCGUGGGCCUCCGUCUGGAGCUGCUGGGCUGUGAACUAGACGAGAUAAGCACCACGGCGCCCCCCACCACCCCGCUGGCCUCCACGCUGCCCGUCACCACGUUCGGGGCGACCACGGCGGCGCCGCCCACCAUCCCGAGCACGACUCCGGCUGCAGACUGCGAGGACGGCGGGCAGCACUGCACCGAAGAGACGGAGACGCCCGACUAUGUGAUCGGAGACGUCAUCACCGCCAACCCCAACAUGGACAUCCCAGCGUACCUGUGGUUCGCCUGUAACUUCGACUUCUCCUCGUUCUGCGGCUGGACCAAAGAGACCGGUUCGGGAGCCGAGUGGUUCAUCCAGACCAGUGAGACCCCCGGGGUCCACAGGGUACCGAUCCUGGACCACACAGGCGGACCGGGGAACUUCAUCUACACAGCGCUGACUGACCCCAACACACCGARGAAAACCGGAGACAACAAAGAUGAUGAGGAGAAGGUGGCCCGGCUGGUCAGCCUCCCCAUCACCACGCCCGACGCCAACCUGUGCAUGUCCUUCUGGUACCACAUGAGCGGCGAGCACGUGGGGACGCUGCACAUCAAACACCAGCAGGAGACGGAGGAGGGACACCAACUGUGGAUGGCCAGCGGCCAUCAGGGCAACCGGUGGAGGGAGGGUCGGGUUCUGCUGCCACGCUCCAGCCUCCCCUACCAGGUGGUGAUCGAAGGCGUCUCAGACAGACGCAGCACAGGACUCAUCGCUGUCGAUAACAUCCAGAUCGUGGACGUACUCAACAUUCAGGACUGCAGGAAUCCAGAAACUCCGACCACUCCUCCCACUGAUAUCUUCAUGCUGCCCGUGGACUCCCUCUCUCAGGAAACGGGGGACCUCGGCGGUCCGGGCAACAUGCUGAAGACCCUGGACCCCAUCCUCAUCACCAUCAUCGCCAUGUCGGCUCUGGGCGUCUUCCUGGGCGCCAUCUGCGGCGUGGUCCUGUACUGCGCCUGCUCGCAGGGCAGCAUGACGGACAGGAACUUAUCUGCCCUGGAGAACUAUAACUUCGAGCUGGUGGACGGCGUGAAGCUAAAGAAGGACAAGAUGAACGGACAGACGCACAACUACUCCGAGGCGUGAGCGUUUAAAAAUGAACAAAAACAAUGAGGCGGAGCUGCGGACGCGCAGCCAAUCAGGAGGGGCUGAGGCCACCGACGGGACGGCGAGCUGGUUUUAAUCCUCAGGAGCUGCGAUGGAAGGGACUGACCUGCAGGGGGCACUGUGUGUAAAAAAAUCUGUACAGCAACACAAAAAAAAAGAAGAAAAUUCUGAAUUUCUUUUCGUACUUUUUUUUUUUUGGACGUGCUUCGUUGAUUUCACGUAAUCACACGCUGGUGUUGAGACCAAUUCAGAUGAAAGUAUCGUUCGUGAACUUUUACGGAAAGAUUUUUUGUUUUUGUUUGUCGUCGUCGUUCAGUUUGUUGUUUUACAGAAACGAUGUGAAAUUUAAUGUUGGACUAAUUGUCCCGGCGGAUGAAAGAGUCACACUCAUGAACCUCUACAUCUAAGGUGUGUGUGUCUGUGCGUGCGUGUGUGUCUGUGUGUACUUGCUGCAGGCCCUGACCUGCUCCGACAGUGCCUUUUUUUUCUYGUUUUUCCGUUGCCUUGUUUGUUUCUGCUGGUUGUUCUCCCAUCGGGUGGCGUGACACCGCGGAGGAGGAACAACGUUCAAACUGUGAUCACAAACGUGCGUUUUUAUAUUUGUUUUGUUUUGUUUACUACCGCGGACCCUCACGCUUUGCCGACUGGGUUAUUUGUUUUGCAGGACUGAAGUAAACGAUGACAUUUCCCCUCAGAAGGAACCGGUGCAGGAGCCCUGGAUGCCUCGUUUUGACGGCACGUGACACAUCCAACGUAUUGUACAUACUGUAGGUUGUAAUAUAUUUGAGCCUUUUUCUAUAAAGGAAAGAAAAAAAUGA